AUGUUGUUUGAUUUAAUAAAUUCAUUUUUAAAGAAUGGAAUAAAUAAUAGCAAUAAUAAUAAUAAUAAUAAUAAUAAUAAAAAUAAUUUUUAUAAUUCUUUGGAGGAUGAUGAUUAUUUAUUAAAUAAUCAAACAACCAAAGUAUCAUUGUAUUUGUAUUUCUUUAUAUUUGCAUUUAUGUUUUUAGUAGUGGAUUUAAUAAUGUUAUAUUAUAAACAUAGAGAGAAUAUAGAGUCAAGAGAAACUGAUCUAUCUUUAAAAUUAAAUAAAAUGUUAAUAGAUUUUGAAAAUGAUAAUAAAAUAAAAUCAUCACCAACAACAUCUACUACAACAACUACAAUAACACCAACUACUACUUCAUCAUCACAAUUAAGACAACCAUCAACACCAAAAACAACAACUAAAACAAUUAAUUCACCACCAUCAACACCAAAAUCACCACCACCUUUACCAUCAUUAGAAUCAAAACUAUUAUAUAAAGAUGAUAUUAAACAACAAUUAUCAUUAAAUGAAGCAAAGAGUCAAAUUGAUAGUGCUAAACAACUGGAUGAAUCAUUAAAAUAUAAUAGUUGUAUUAAAUUAUAUAUAGAUGGUAUCGAGAAAUUAAUGGCAUUAUUCUCAAGUUACAACUCUAAAGAAUAUAGAGAUUAUAUUGAUUUUUACCUAAAAAGAGCGGAAUAUUUAAAAAAUGAAUUAAAAAAAGGUACAAAUUUAAAAUCAAUAACUAAUUUUAAUAAUUUUUCAAAAGAAUAUCAAAUAAAUUAUAAUAAUAAAAUUUUAGAACAGCAACAACAACAACAACAACAAUCAUCAUCAACAUAUAGAAACUCAUUAAAUUUAUCUUCUUCUAAAUCAAAUUCAACUAUAAAUAAUAGACAUUCAAUAUCUUCAUUAUCUUCAUUAAAUUCAACAACAGCAACAACAACAACACCAUCAAAUACUUCAACAAUAACAAGUCCGGGUAAUAAAUAUGGAUUACAAAAAAGUUUAUCAUCAACAACAUUAUCAUUAAAAAAAUCAUCAAAUUCAACCAAUUUUCAACAACCUUCACCACCAUCAAUGGUUAUACCAGAUAUAAAAGGAAUUGAUAAAUCUAUGGUAACAUUAAUUAUGAAUGAAAUUAUGGAUAGAAAGAAUCCUGUUAAAUGGGAUGAUGUGGUUGGAUUGGAUAAAGUUAAACAAUCAUUGAUGGAAUCAGUUAUUUUACCAAAUUUAAGACCCGAUGUUUUCACAGGUUUAAGGGCACCUCCAAAAGGUUUAUUAUUAUUUGGUCCACCAGGUAAUGGUAAAACAAUGAUUGCCAAAGCAGUUGCCUAUGAAAGUAAAGUAACAUUUUUUAGUAUCUCUUCAAGUUCACUAACUAGCAAGUAUGUAGGUGACGGUGAAAAAUUGGUACGUGCAUUAUUCGCUGUUGCAACUCAUUUUCAACCUUCAAUUAUUUUCAUUGAUGAAAUUGAUUCAUUGCUAACUGAACGUUCUUCAAAUGAAUCUGAGGCAUCUCGUCGUUUAAAAACAGAGAUUUUAGUUCAAUUCGAUGGUGCUAGAACAAAUGGUGAUGAAAGAGUAUUGGUAAUGGGUGCAACUAAUAGACCAGAGGAUUUGGAUGAUGCUGCAUUACGUCGUCUCGUUAAACGUAUUUAUGUUGGUUUACCAGAACUUGAAACUCGUUUACAAAUUAUUCAACAUUUACUAGUGGGUCAAAGACAUUCUCUAACCAAACAACAAAUUAAUUCACUAGCUGAAGUAACUCAAGGUUACAGUGGUUUUGAUUUAGCUGCACUUUGUAAAGAUGCUGCUUAUGAACCAAUUAGAAGAUUAGGUAUAGGUAUUAAAGAUUUAGAAUUAAAUGAAAUCUCUCUUAUUAGUUUUAAAGACUUUGCUAAUAGUUUAAAACAAAUUAGACCAUCAGUAACUUCUCAAUCUUUAAAAUCUUUUGAAAAAUGGAAUCAAAAGUUUGGAACUAUUUAA